CAGGGGCAGACUGACAACUCAUGGGGCCCCCGGGCAAUAAGGGAUCAUGGGGCCCCUGUGUCCUUGCCCAAACUCAAAAAAGCCUAUGAAAAAGGUAUAAUGGGCAUCUCAUGGGGCCCCCUACUGACCCCGGGCCCUCGGGCAGUGCCCAAGUUUCCAAAUGGUCAGUCCGCCCCUGCUCUUGGCAUUAAAACCCACCAGCCGAAAGGCAGUAUAUAUGCAUCUUAAUUACACAGACUUUUUUUGAGAAAAUUUGGUAUAUGUGCAUGCAUAUAUCUGGAGUGUCGUACUUUGAUUGAUCUCUAGAUCUUUAUUUUAUUUUAUUUAU